UUUUUCUUUUUUUUUUUUUUGCCUCGUUCCUAGCCUCAAUGCGUCAUAGGUAUCAUCAAUGUGUCGACUAUGGUAUAGAAUUAAAUCGAUCCCGACUCGCUUCUGUUUUAAGUACAGUUGAACCCCGCUAUUUCGAACUCGCGCAGGUGAAACGAAACACAGUACGAAAUAGCGAGAGUUCGAAAUAGCCGAUAGUAAAUGACUAAAGAGGAAUUCCAAGAGAAAUGGCUUUGGGUUCCAAAUAACGGGGAACUUGAAAUAAACGAGUUCGAAUUAGCGGGGUUCAACUGUAAUCUAUUUUUAUUUCGUAUUUCAAUCUUCUUGGAAGAGAAAUUUCACUUUCCUUGCGCGACAACGAACACUACAGAGAACAAAAUUUUCGAACUGAAACAGAACGUUGUCCUACUUUUCUAGCACCACACCGUCCAUGCAGCUCAUUGACCUCUCAAAUUAGAAACCACCUUCCAAGUUGUGUUCCAGCAGCAACGCGUCCGACCGACUCACUUUGAUGAAAUGCUUUCGCUGUCAAUAUUGGGAUAGUUUAACUAGAAACAGUCGCAAUCUUGUUAUGAAAACUAAACGAUUUAGAAUAAGUCUUCAAGACUCCUAAAUAAUCAUAAUCUCUUGGCAGUAGUCAAUAGCGUGCCGAAGUGUAGCUUUGUCAAGUGUAAGUUCGAUUUCUAAAUGUGAUUGUAGCCUUUAAAUCCACGUGAAAGUCUGAGUUUAUUGAGAACAAAUUGUUGCGAUGCAAAAAAAUGGGCAGCAAAGGUUUACUCAACCAAACUCACGUUUCCUUCGAAGAGGUCACGUAUUCUGUGGAACAUUGUUUCUACAGCUGUUUGUUAGAAUUGACAUAGUCUACUUCAACAGCUGUCUGUAAGUCUCACUUUCUCAAGGCUGUUUUCAUAUGUAAAAAGUUGUUUAGAAUACAUUUACUUAAGAAACUCGAGGAAAAGCUGUGGAAACCAAACUUUUAGAAGUGACGAGGUCACGAAUUUGAUAUUAAGACUUUAGUUAGCGUGAUCUCGAUUGAUUUCAUUGUGUUUGAAAAUUCGCAUCUUAAUAAUGACCCAUAUCCUGUCUCGUUUUCAGUCGUAUAAGAGCACCAGAGUAAUUCGACUGCUAUAUUCCUUGAAAAGUCACUGAUAACCUAGAAAUUCAAUCAGGACAAAGGAAAGAUUUUAAGGUCAUGUUGCUUUCGGUGACGUUUUUCGGAUCCCUAAUUCUGGUUAGCUCAUUAGAACAGGUAAGCUCUUUUCGUCUUGGGGAUGUUGUCCCGAGUGUUGGUGCGACUUCAUGCAAAGAGAUUCAUGACGAAUACCGAACAACUGAAAACAAAGCCUACAUGCUCCAGUUUGGCGGCCAAAAUGUUUCUGUCUACUGUAGUAUGGAUGGAACUGAUCUUGGCGACUGUGGCUGUGGGGGAUGGACGCUGGUCAUGAAGAUUGACGGCUCUAAGCGGACGUUUCAUUACGAUUCGUCUUACUGGACCGACAAGAAAGCAUAUGGCAUCCCUGAAGGAGAAACAGGUUUAGAUCAGAAAGAAACAAAGCUACCAACCUACUGGAACACACCAUUUACCAGGAUCUGUCUCGGCAUGAAGACUGGAGACGAAACUAGGUUCAUUCUUCUCGGCCAGAAGGCCAGCUCGCUCUACUCCCUGAUUCAAGAUGGUAAAUACCGCCCCACUUCACUGGGUCGUGACACUUGGAAGAAUUUGAUCGGUCCUGAGGCCUCCCUGCAGGGCAACUGCAACAGAGAAGGAUUUAAUGUUAAACCUGACGAUUCCGUUCAUUCUAAGGCACGAAUUGGUUAUAUUGCUAAUCAAGAAAAUGAUUGCAAUAGCCCUGACUCCAGGAUUGGGUUCGGCACUGGAGGGAAGCACGACGACUCCAACACGUGUGGAAACGAGGCUACGUAUGAUCCAGACAACGGAGUCAAACACAUCAAGGCCAUGGGGUAUAUCUUGGUUCAGUGAAGUGAAGCAAACUGAAGUGAUCAUGAACUGAACUUCCAGUGAUCAGCGUGAAAUGUUAUGAUUGAUAGUUCAUUAAAUUUUAAACCUUACAGUACAAAACUAAAUUAUGGGUUAUGAAUUAAGGCUAUACAUAACAGAUUAAGAAAAUAAAAAAAUAUAUUACAAAGGAUUCAAAUUGACUAUCGUCUUAUUUGCAGUGGCUAUAUAUGAAACAGUUCUGCAUUCUGUUUGUUCUACAUGUAGACAAUUGAAGGCGGUAUAUGUCAUCGGCGGAGGUAAAAAUGUCGUAGCUUGUGAUCGUGGUUAUUAAAAUAGGGCCUUCCAAAAAAAAAAACUCUACUUUUUCAAUGUUGAGGGCCGGGCCUGUAGGAAAUGGUACUCAUUUAUACGAAGUGGUUACAUGUAGUUUCUAACUGAACUGCAAUGAUGGGUCGGAAGCAUGUGACACUCUUGGUUGAUUACAAACUCGACAAUGACGUUAUAUGUAUUGAAAAGCUGACGUCUCGAUGUUUAGCCCUACGAGCCCACCACUCAACGACUGCAUACAACCUUCCGGCCCUCCCUCCUCCUCUCAGCCUUUCACCUUUCACCUACCGAUCCCUUUCCUUACAUAUGUCACUCUUUACCUACCCGUCCCUGUCCAGUUCUUUUGUUAUUGUCGUCAGACUCGUCCCGCGAUGUGCAUUAUAAUUUCACAAAUAUUUUCAGAUAAGUCACUUAAGGGACUUCUCUGUUAGAGACGUGAUCUUUUUGUUAGGGAGGUCAUUUGUGCUUUAAAAUCUAGAGAAGUAAUCAAAUAAUGCACAUACUUAUAUACUUUAUUGAGCAGCAAUUGAACCUCCUUAAUGGGGGCUUCACGAACACUAAAUUUAAAAGAGAUUCCCACAUUUACAAUAAUAAGAUAUAUUGCAGUUUCA